UUGAACACGUCAAAAUUAGUUUUUUGUUCCAACGAGUGAUAUGAUAUGAUGUUUUGAAAAUGAAUUUGUUGAUAGUUGUGCGACUUCAGAGUGCUUAAAUAAUUUAUCAGUUUAUUUAAUAAUAAAAUUUAGUGUAUGGACGUGUAGUGCUUAGUUAAUUUCAAUGAAGAUGAAGGCUGUAGUAGCGACUGUAAUCAGUCUAGCACUAACGACUGUGGUAAUAGGCAAUGCCUAUUACCAGAAGAAACAGUUUUAUCCAUCAGUAGUUUACCUUACUAACUCAAAUCCUAGCAUGGCUGUCAUGUAUUUGCAGGCCUUUAUACUGGUAUUAUUGGUAGGUAAAAUAUUAAGAAAGAUCUUCUUUGGCCAACUACGUCCAGCUGAAUUUGAGCACCUCAUUGAGAGAUCCUGGUUUGCAAUAACGGAGACAUGUCUGGCUUUUACGGUGUUCCGAGAUGAUUUCAAUCCUAAAUUCAUAGCACUAUUCACACUUUUGCUAUUCUUGAAGGCAUUCCAUUGGCUUGCUGAAGAUAGGGUUGAUUAUAUGGAAAGGAGUCCCGUGAUUGGAUGGUUGUUCCAUAUCAGAAUUCUGAGCCUGUUGAUGCUCUUGGCACAAGCUGAUUUGUAUUUCAUCCACCAUGCAUAUGCAUUCACGGCCACGAAAGGCCCUUCAGUGCAAUUGGUCUUUGGAUUUGAAUACAGCAUAUUAAUAAUAAUGAUCGUGAAUAUAUUGAUAAAGUAUCUACUGCACGCAAUUGACUCUCGCUGGGAGGCGCCAUGGGAGAGCAAGGCCGCAGUGCUGCUCUACACGGAGCUGGCCAUCAACUUCCUCAAAGUGCUUCUCUACGUCGGCUUCGUAGCUGUCAUGGUCCGAAUCUACACGUUGCCCUUGUUUGCUUUCCGACCUAUGUAUGAAACUAUGAGGAGUUUCAAGAAGGCUUACAAUGACGUGGUUCUGUCUCGACGCGCGAUUCGCAAUAUGAACACCCUGUACCCGGACGCCACGGCUGCGGAGCUGGCGGCCGCGGACAACGAGUGUAUUAUCUGUCGCGAGGAGAUGCACAGCGGCGCAAAGAAGCUGCCGUGCAAUCAUAUAUUCCACGCGGCGUGUCUUCGGCUCUGGUUCCAACGGCAGCAGACGUGCCCAACGUGCCGCCUCAACGUGCUGCGAGCGCCCGCGCCGGAGCCCGCCAACGCCAACGCGCAGGCGCCGCCCAACGCGCCCCACGCGCCCAACGCCAACGCCAACGCCAACGUGCCGCACGCGCCGCCGCCGCCCAGCGCCGCGCCCGUGCCGCCGCCCUUCCCCAACAUGCCGCCCCCACCUAUGAUGGGCUGGGGCCUGCCGCCGCCGCCGCCGCGCCCCGCCGCGCUCGCCAGCCUCAGCGCCGACGAGCUGCGCCGCCUCGAGGGCACCGAGCGGCGGAACGUGGAGGCCCGCCUGCAGUUGCUCCGUGAAAUUCAAGCUAUGCUAGACGCGUCGGUGCUCCUCAUGCAACAAUACUCCAACGUCGUUGCUAACUUGCCCUUAAAUUGUAAUACUGUCGCCACACAAACUGAUUUAAACCGGACGGAGCCAUCUCCGGAGGCUUCUGUUAAAGUGAAGACUGAACCAGAUGUGGUACCCACCACUUCAACAUACAAGCCAACCCCGGGACCUUCAACGAGCAGGGACGAUUUCACAACGGACGAUGCUGAUACAACAAGUCCUGAUUCCUUUAGAGAUAGCAUCGAUGCGGAUGCGGAAGAGCUUAGAAGACGUCGAUUACAGAAAUUCACUACAGAGAAAUGAGACCUUGCAUAAAUAUAAACCUUUUGUGUUUGACUUACCUAACUUGCUAUUAAUAUUUAAUGUACAAAGUGUUUUGGUAUGUGCAAGCAUUGUGUAUUCUAAUCAGAAAUAAAUGUAUUUGUGCUCUUGUAAA